CUGUGUGGGGUGUUAUGACGCGGCGACAUUGCAGGGGUGUGAGUGCAAACGCCACCUUUUAUGCUGUUCAAUGUGCGUGUGUUGCUUAUGCUCGCGGGCGUAGAAGUGUGUACGUGUGACUUAUGUUUAUGCUAGAAUAGAAAUUCAUAUGGCGUAUGUGGGUACAACAUCACAUCACCGAUAGAGGUAGGUAUGAAUGAGAGUGACUGUGAGAGACACGCCGGGGCAAAACACACAAAGAAAAGUAUUGGGCACUGACUGACUGCCGGACGGAGGUUGGAGUCUCGGUCGAAUCGCUCCGAUGGUUUAGUAGCGAUCGAGUAGUGUGAGUGUGCGUUCAGAUGACGGUCGGAUCGAGAGCAGGAAAAUAAGUACUGCCAACUUUUAAAUUUUGUAAUUCGCCAAUUGGUGAGAUCUGUACCUACUCCUGCCUGUGUGAUGUGAUGUUCUUGACUUUCUGGGGCAUAUGUUUGCGUUGUUGUUUGUUUUUUAUGCGUCCGUGAAACGGAAGGAUAAGUGAGAAUUUUUGUAAAGCUAUCGACGACGGUUCUGAUUAUGGUUUCCUGUCACUACCAGUGGAGUAUCUAGUGGCUAGCUGUGCUUCUCAAAAUGGCAACCCGUGAAAAGAAGCCCAGAUCGGUGAAUUCGGACUCUCCCACUCCGUCCCUCGGCGGUGGUAGCGACUCAGCCCCCUCAACCCCAACCAGCAAAGGCAAAGGCAGUCGCGCAUCCUUGAGCAGGCAAAAGUCCAAACAAUUGCUUCAGAGCGCAAAUGAGGACUCGGUUCAAUCGACUGAUGAUAUCGCUGAUCCACCAGUAGCAAGCGAAUCUGCAGCAAAUACCAGUGGAUCGAGUAGCACUAAAUCCACUAGCGGUAGCAGGACUACCCGUGCCACGACAAAUGAACCCACGGAAUCUACUUCCACUUCAAAGGAGAAAGAAAAAGAUAAAGAAGACACCAAGGAUGCAAAGGUUACUCGACAGAAUAUUACCAAAAACAAAAAAGCUCCCGCAGGGGACAGUGACAAAUCCAAGACCUCCGUGACGGCCAUCAAGAAAACUGCAAUCCUAAAGCGCAAAACUAGGCCAAUUGUAGGCAAACCUGUCUUGGGGAAGAAAGUAAUCGCACGAAAGCAAGUCAAUGCCAAAGGCAAAAAAGAAGUGACCGUGACCCUGAAAGAGGACGAUAACAAAAACAAAAAUCUGCGCAAUGGCAAACCUCGUGCCACGGAUAGUCCUGUUUCGAAAAAGAAAUCACCCGCCGCUUCCAAGGAAAAGGCACCUGCAAAGGACUCGCCCACAGAUACGGUAACGGUCAAACAGGAACGUCGUCGGUCGGAUUCCGUUUCCAAGUGCUCCGACGUGACUGACGCCAGUACAACACUGGACACUUCGUCAGUCAAGGAUGAUGACGACAAAAAGGACGACACUAGCCUGUCGGAAAUCAAACGGGAACUCCUAGAGGAGAGUGAGACCAAGUCCAAAAUCUUGGACAAAAUGGCAGAAGCUUUCAAUGAGCGUAAGACCCCCACUAUCCCGCCGACAUCGAAGGACGAAAAGACGGUUCGCCGAAGUGCUCGUCAACGUAAGAGCACCCCCAAGGAGAAGGAGGAGUUCGUGACGCCAACGACGAAAGUCAAAGCACCGGUCGAGAUCAAAUCGGAACCGAUGGAUACGGACACGGAGUCCGAAACCGCCGCUCCUCCGUUGACCAUCGACACCACAGAAGUUCCCGCUAAGGAUACGCCCAGUAGCGGCGUAGAAUUAGAAAAGGACUCAUCGCUUAGCCCGGAGCUAGUGAGUGAAGGUGUUUCGGAAAUCAGUGUUAAAGAGUUUUACAGUGAGCCAGCUUUUCUGGAAAAUAAUCUUGGAAUUGAAAAGGAUCCCAAAUUGGGAGAAAUUGUGCAAGUGCAGGAGAAGAUUAAAUUGGAUAAGGGAAGUGAUAGUGAGGCAACGCCUAACGGAAGCACGUCGGCGAAAGAAGAAAUCCAACAAGUGGUAAUAAAAGAAGAGAAAAAAGAUGAAGAAGAUGUUAAAGAUGAGGAAACGGUGAAAAUAGAAGUGAAGCACAGUGAAACCAUGGGGGUGGAAAAAUUGAAGGAAAUAAUCGGUGUUGUGGAAGCAAGCAAAGUGGUGCAAAGCAAUGUCAUUCCACCUGUGGUAGUGAUUCCUAAGGAUGAAGGCUCUGGUAAUGAAUCGCCUCUUUCCGAUCGAUCGAAUGAUAAGGAUGUGUUGUUGAGUAUCAUAAACAAAGUGGAAAGCAGUUUGAAGAAAGGUGAUUCGCGAUCCGACUCGGAAGGAGAGCGCACGGGUAAAACGAAAGCGAAAAGCACAGCAGCAAAGGAACCGAAGCCGAAAGCUCGGAAUGCAAAAGACAAGUGCAAAGAAGAUGAGAAAGCGAAAGAAGAAAAGUUACGCCAAGAAAAGCUCCGAGUGGAAGAAAAGGUGCGCGAGGAAAAGCUUCGAGCCGAACGGCUGAAGCAAGAAGAAGAGAAGAAAAUAAUCGAAGAAAAAGUCAAGCAAGAGCAACAAGAAUCGAAGAAAGUUGUUCCAGCAGUGCCGGAAGUAACGAGUAAGCCGAGCAGUCCCAAAACAAUCGAAGAGGUUGUUUCGGUGCUGGAAAAGGUCCUUCCGGCCAAGACCGUGACAACGCUGAGCCUCACUUCAGCCGAUUCACAUUUGGUUUUGUCGGUGACAUCGUCAGAACCUACAGUCGAUGUGGUCGAAAGCAAACAGCCAGAACCUCUGAAACUUGAACAAAUUGUUUCGAAGGCGAUCAAUUUGGAAAAUCUUCCUGCCAUCACCCUUCUCAAGAAGGAUCCCAAUCAGGUCAAAGAUGAGACAAAACAACACGAGGCUGUCCAUGUGAAAGCCGAGCUCGAAAUUCUCCCCCUGAAAGAAGUGGCCUUGGCCAAGGAAGACAUUUCCAAAAACAAAAGUUCUGAAACCCCGCUGCAAAUUAUUUCCAAGAGUGAGAAUGCUGCAGCGGCCGUUGCCAUUACGACCGUUACGGCCGAAGGCAACAAAUCUCCACUUAGCAUUAUCGCAAUACAGACUGAUAAAGGUUCUGACAAAUCUGCUAUUUUCCCAGAAAUUCCAGAAGAAGCUCGAAAAGCUAAGGAUACAGAAGCGGUUAAGAAUCGCGAUCGUGUGCAAAGUGAUGUUGCACACACAAAUGAUAUCAAGACUGUCGUCGUUGUAAAUGAUACGCAUAGCGUACCAAGCGAGCUUCCGAGCUUACCUGACCCAUCAGCGGAGUCCACCAGUUUUGUGUAUUCGGCGACGGUGACGACCGAAACGUCGGAAGACGUUGCCAAACAAAAAGAGUCCCAUCUCAAGCAUCUGGGACUGCUGACCUUACAGGCUGCCAGUGAGGAAAAACAACGCCGCAAAGAGCUGGUUCUCCACAAACCGACCGGCUCAUCUGCAAGUUCGGCCGUGAGCACCUGCUCCAGUACGUCGUCCACGAGUUCCAAGAGUGGCGGCAGUGGCAGUAAAUCAAACACCAGAAAUUCUGAAUCCACCGGAACCCUGAAAACUGUGAUAAAACUCAAUCGAGGGGAAAAGCGCAAGCCGCGGCUCCCGCUCAAGAUGACCCUGCAGAAGGGAAAAGGCAAAGGCGCCGAAAAGGAUGCCAACGGGGGCGAAGGAAAUGGGGAGACGGCGUUCUACAUCAUUCAGAGUGAGGCUGAUCAUCAGAAUCAAUCGAUGACCGAUUCGAUGGCGACGGCACAGGGAACAGCGGCACUCGGAAGAAAAGCGCACAGUCGUUCCCACACCACAGAUGGUGUCAUCGUGCCGGAGGUUGUCGCAGAAUCACCCGCCGUAAACGAGGUGGUUCAACAGGCAGUAUUGCUCAUUCCGGAAAAAGCCUCCUCCUUCAACGUACACCCGGAACGGUUAUGUCAGGAUCAGUGUUUCUACUGUGGAGGCAAAUUUGGCCUCUACGAUACGCCGUGUCACAUUGCGGCAAUGAAAUCCAGCGAACGGCAGCAAAACAUCCUAGCAAGUGAGGUCAAAAUCAAGAUUGACAGCUGUUUAUGUGAUGCCUGCUUCCGGCAUGUGGAUCGAAAGGCCAACUGUCCGUCGUAUCGGAAGAAAACGGAGGCCAAAUCGCUGUCAUCCCUGGCCAAAAUCCAAAGCUGUGUCAGCUCGAUCCACGAUGAUAAGCAAAGCCACGAAGAAAUGCCCGCAUCUGCAAGUGCGCCAAGUUUGGACAAUUCACGAUCAUCAGCGGAAGAAUCCGUCCAGCAAACGUCCCGGGAGAUGGACGUGGUCGAGGAGAAAAUUCAUGGAAAUUGCCACGUGCGUGAUUGCGGAGCUGGUGCCUCCCAUACGAUUCGGCGCAAGUGGCUACUGAAGAUGAAGAAAACGAUUAGCAAAAUUCUUGAGAUUAACCUAGAGCAAACGAAUGCGGUGUCGAACUUGAUUCCGAUUUGCGACGGGCACUACGAGCUGAUCAGCCACCUGAUGGUUUGCGCCAUGUGCAAGCGGCGGCUCCCGAAGAACCACAUUUACUACAUUGUCAAUGAAAUUCCACAAUUAGAGCGACUCAUCCAGGAGCAGGGCAUAGCAAUGAAGCUCGGCAAUUCAACGCUGGUCGUUUGUAAAUUAUGCAGAUACUAUGCAAAUUUGUUGCUCAAACCGCCGGAUGCCAAGUCGCAGAAAGCUCAGUUCAUCAAGAACUACAACAGAAGACUGCUUCAAUUCUACGAACGCGAAAACGAGCUACAAGAAUUGGCCCUUUCGUCAAUGGAACCGACGCGAAUCGUGACGAAUCCGGAUAUUAUCAUCUCCGAUGGCGAAGAUGACACCAUCGAAAUAGUGCCCGUUAGUGGCGAAUCAGUGACCCUGCAGCGCCGUGGCCACCAUUCGAGAAAGUCCUCUGAUCUCACUAUGCUGGAGAGCAACUCGGCCCAGGUGGGCGAGCUCGAAGAAGUAACAAUCACGCCUGCUCCCAAAGUACUACCCAACAACACUGCCAACCUGAGCGGCCCUAGUUCAAUUGUUCUGGACGCGGAUGUCUCAAUUGAGCAACAGCCUGCGUCAGCAGAAAAACGCCGCAAGGAUGAGAGCUUAGAUAUGGCCAAGGCGCUCAAGGCCAAUCCAAAUAUUUCCAUGCGGGAACUGUUCCCCGGAGAGGAAGAACUAGGCAUCCAUAUUAAUAUACCAUUCAGCAGCGCCUCGACGAGGACACCGGAAGGAUGGGCCAAAGUAAAUACCACUCUACAGUAUGACGACUCGACUCGUGCCCUUUGGGAAGAACUGCAAAAGCCUUACGGUAACCAGUCGAGCUUUCUUAGGCAUCUGGUGCUUUUGGAAAAGUAUUUCCGCAACGGAGAUUUGAUCCUGUCCCCACAGGCUAAGAACAAUGCUGCCACAUACUCGGAAGCCGUUCAGAAUCGACUGCGUUCGUUCGAUAACGUUCCAACUCCCCCUCCGGUGACGGUGAUUGACAAGAGCAGUCUCCUGCAGCAGUUGGGAAAUGCUCCCAUAACAAUUACCCAGACGGCGAAAACCAGGACAAAAUCCUCCACCGAACCGGUGAGUUUACUCAAGUCAAACAACCCUCAUCUGGUCGGAGGAACAUCCACUUCCGGUGAUGCAUCCUUGAAACGGAAGCUUUCGGUCGAUGCUAAAUCGAAGGCCACAAGUGGCAAGGCUGAUGCUUCUUCGGGAAACAAAGUCAUAAAGCUGGAUGAAACGAUAGUCGUACCUGGAGGUAAAGCAUCGGUCCUAGUGCCGCCAGAAUUGAUUAGUAUAAAUUCAAAGCAAAAUGUUACAAUUACCACAAUACCUCCGGGUAAAUCCCCAUCUGCGCCAAUCCAAGGACCAACCCAGCCACAACCGCAGCAAUCUCUGCUCCAACCUCAACAGUCUCUACUACAACCGCAAUCUCAGAAUAAAAAAUCCAUUGGAUCUGCUGGAAUGCGUGAGAUUAUCAAACUUCCAGACCAGCUCACCGAAGCCGAACGAAGGGAAACCUCCAAACCGUGGCGUCCGACUCUAAUCCCUAUCACGCCGGGAAGCGCCGACACUAUCAAAGCUGGUCCCCUAUACCAAACUGCCGACGGACGCCGGCUACCGAAGCUGGUUCAGGUCAUGUCCGGAGGAAAGCCGUACCACAUUUCGAUACACGACUACAAUCGCAUGUGCAUCCUGCGGCGAGAGAAGUUGCUUCUGCAGCGGCAAGAUCUCAUGCAACAUCAGCUCCAGCAGCAACAAAAGCGCCUCCAGCAGCAAUCACCUUCCAAUCAGGUCAGCACCGUUACGAAGCCUACUGGUGCAGGGAAGUCUCUAUUGGACAACAGUGCCCUGAGUGCAGCAAAAAUGGUUCAAAUUCCGAAUCAAAUCUUGGAACAAAAUUCUCUAAUCCCGAUUGGUAACAACAGUAGUAGUGCAAGCAGUGUUGCCAACAAUAACACCACAACAACCACCAGCAAGUCCAACGGCCCUAGCAGUGAGCUUCAACAACUGAUAAAACUGCGAAAACCGGGCAGUAGUAACAGCUUGAUUCCUCCGGUGACGGCUGGUCCAACCUACUUCAAGAACACUUUACCACCUCUCAGCACUGCCAGCAAACCGAUCUCCUUCCCUAGCGCUCCCAGUAUGCUUUCGAUGGCCGGGGCAAGUCAACAGCUCCAGUCCGCCGUCGCCGCCGCCGCUGCUGCCAACACCUCACCUCCAAUGGCUGCCCCCUCGGGACCCUCGCAGCUGGACCAGCUCAUCAAGAGCAACAACUCAUUCCUGAACAAUUUUAUCAGCCAGUCGCAGCUAACCGCCAUGGUGGCCGCGGCAACGGCCAUGGCCAACUCUGCCGCCGCCGCCUCCGCCGGGACCAAUUCCGGAACCAGCGGGGGAUCGAUCCUGAUGGACAACUCGGCUGUCCAGCUCCUAUCCAAGAUACCAAAAUCCCUAACUGUGAUACCACAACAGAAACAAAGAUCCUUGUCACGUGUCUCCUCGAACGAGGACCAAAGCAGUGCCUAAGCGAACGUAAUCGAUGAUACAACAAACAACUACACACACACACACGCAUACACACCUACAUUUGCACACACUUGAAAUGUUGAAAUGAAACACUCAGAAAAUGUGAGAAAAAACGGUUUUCCAAUUUUUUAGGAAUUAGUAUUUUGUAAAAUCACAUCAAAUAAGUAAACAAAAAAAUGAAUUUGUUAGUUUUAUCAAAUUGUAUAAAAUCCCCAAGAAAAAAAAAUAUCAAAUAAUAAGACCAUUGAUUGAAACAGUAAACAGGCUUGAGAAUUUAUCGAACCAACAAUUGCGCUCUAGUCACUUUGGCUUGUCUUUACGCAAAAAAAAAAACUCACAAUGACAGACACGCAUGCAUACAGGCAUUACUUUGUAGAUCACUGAAUUAUUGUUCUCCGGAGAUAUUUGAUUGACUGUGUGACGCGACUAUCGCUACUGUUACUACUCAGUUGACCAAUGAAACUAGACGAACGCGGCUACUAGCGAACAUCGAGGAGAACACAUUCCACCUCUGCUAAGGAAGGAAACUUUGUGAACAUGAAUUUUAGCGAUGAAUUAUCCAAUUGGGUGGUCUCAAAAUGCAAUGAUACAUCGUCGGUGUGAAUACCUUGUUUUUCAAUCUUGUUACCCAUCUCAACACCCUGACGAGCCCGAACUUUUAGAUUAGUUAUUAGAUCAGUUUCACUUACGCAAAGAAACACUGAUAUUAUUGCUAACGGGCAUCUUUAGCAAGUAGGUGUUGGUGGUAUUUUAUUUUUAGCUGACAAUGGCGUCUGCCACGUCAGAUUGCAGGGGAAGGAAGUGAUGAUACAAUUGUUUGCCCACGGCAGACCAUACCACACCACUGCAUAUUCACAAGUUAAUGCUAGAAUGUCGCAUUGUUUUAGGAAAUGGCCGUUUGGCAGAGGUUCACGUUGGUGCGUCGAUUGGCGUUCGGUAGAAUUGAGAUUACCUACUGUGAAGAUGAUGCGGUACAGUUCACAGCUUGCCAAUUUGAAGGCGUGAUCUGAUGGAUUCAUUUAUACAGUAAUGUAAAGUUGCUUUUCAUUACAUUUGGAUUCUUCACAGUUUAAAAGAAAGUAUGUAGAAAAGAUGCGGAAAGUAGAUAGAAAUGUAUAAAGUAGGAGAAAAGCGACAGGCCAGGAAUUGAAACCAGGAUCCUUUAGCAUUAGCAUUAGCAUUAGCAUUAGCAUUAACCCUCUUCGUGCAUUAGGGUCAUUAUGACCCCUAAACGUGCACUAGGUCAGCGAGGUGCGCGCAACCUAAUGCACGAAGAAGGUUAAGCGAGUCGCACAAAUUCGUAGGUGGUACAGUCCUAGACCGCUGUUAUGAGGGUUGCCUCCUUCCCGUCUGAACCAAAGCACAAAGAUUUGGGACUAAUCUCUGACUCUUAGACAAGAUUGACGCAAUCCUCCAAUGGUCGAGCACUGUCCUGGCCACGUCCUUGCGACUGCUGAGGAAUGGGAAAGGAUGGUUAGUUUUGGACACCUAUGAAAAAUGUAGACAACUCUACGAUCUCUCAGGCCUAGGUGUCACGGGAAUUUGGGUGUUGUUAGUGGAAGGGUAAACUCCAAAGGAUACGCUUGGUUAAUGUUCAAGCACACCAUUGUUAGACUGCUUCGAAUCAGUUGUCUGCCCAAUUCAAGGAAUUGAAACCAGGAUCCUUUGCACACUAAUUAGAAAUGGUAGUCAUUAGACCAGCAAGUGCUACCAAUCUCUUAUAGAUAACCUCAAAACACCAAAGAACACCAGAAUAAAUUUAAAAUCCAUGAUUUUCAUUGCCUAUAUUUUCAAGCCGGUUCGUCAAGAUUCAAGACAUCAGUUUUUCAUGGUCAUGUUGUUCAACUCGUGUUACAAAGUAUUUGUUGGAUGCAUAGUUGCUCCGGCUAUAACGAUGCGGGCAUCGGUGGGCAUUCUCGAUGAUGGAAAUUUUAGGCAGCAGUGGCGACUAGCCACGAAUUGGAACGCAAUCCCAUUUGGACGCCUCCGUAUACAUCCAGAUGAGACAAGUUAUUUCUUUAUCUUGAAAAUAGUCACCGCAGUUGAAUUCAUGCAGUUUUACUGUUUUGAAUAUUCGGUUGAUAAUGAUCAUGUAAUCUUUAAUGCGCAUAAAAUGAUCAGAAAAUCCCAUGCAACGAGACAAAUCUUCUUCUUCUUCUUCUUCAACUGAGUGUUCUUUGAGCUUACCACAGUUAAUAAUUGAAGGGCUUUCUUUGCCUGAAUUUGUAUAAUGUGAGGCAAGUACAAUGAUACUCUAUGCCCAGGGAGUCGAGUUCCCGACCGGAACGGGGAUCGAACCCGCCGUCUUUGUAUUGGCGAUACAUAGCCUUAACCACUAGGCUAACUGGAGACCUUAAAACGAGACACAUCUACUCCAUACAAACGAGGCAAGGUUGUAUACAUAGAAAAGGUAUUCCCAACCACCAGGUAUCAUUCAGUUGUGUGUCUGCCAACCUGAUUGACAAUUUGACGCAAAAUCCAACAGUCAUAAGUUUGAUAAGUUUCCCAAACAGAGGUUCACCUAGGUGCAAGAUUCAGUUGAAACCACGAACUUUACGAUACUUGUUUCUGUGAUCAAAAUAUGAUCAGAUCUUUUUUAACCCAAUGCGUGACAAAAUCGACGACGACAAGGACGACACCAACAAACACGGACUUGGAUAACAAUUUCACACCGAUUAUGCGACCUCCAAAUCUUCUAGAGGGAAUAUCUUAUACCGUUUUACUGGAAAUGGAUAAUUUAACUCAGCUCGAAGAAUCGGAACUCUGUUUCAAAGAGGAUCACACACUAUUCUAACAUGGACUUUUUUGCCGCUAACGCAAACGCUUUAGUUAUUAGUUCCAAGGAAACACAAUUUAACAGUUUAUGAUUAAAUAAAUAUUGAUAUCAUUUGCAUAUUAAGCAUAAUUUAUAAGAACGCAAGUAAAAUAUGUUAUAGCUAUGGUGAAAAUGAUACAUAAAUGUACUACACUCCCAGAAAAAAAACUCACUCAACUCACUCAUAAAAGAAAACAGAUAACACUGCACAGUAGCAGUUGAUCAGCACCGACUUCAUAGUAGCAUUAAGUUGCAGUACAGUAGAAUAAGUUCUUCUUGCUUCUAUUUUUCCUCUAAUCUACAAUCUAUAAUGUCAACUCCCGAAACACUAUUCUCUUUUAAGGGGUGACAACGACCUAGUUUUGGUCUAUUUAAUUACUGUUAACUUAUUAACUUCCCGGAGCAAUUAUUCCCAUCAAACAACGUAUAUUUGCUUUGAUCAGCUCUUGAAACAUGCACCUACAUAAAUACAUCCUUUCUCUGAUUAUCUAAUACUGCAGCAACAGCAACCUAGUUUUGUAAGCGACGAUGCACUUAUCAACACACACACUGUGUAAGGUAAUAAAUUAGGAACCGACAGUAGUCGGGGUAAAAAAAUAACACAUCUGAAGACAGAAGCGCUGUUAAAUGAAGAGAUACGACAAAACAAAAACUAUAAGGAGAAAGAAAAAAGUUACAAACAAAAAUAAAAAACAAAAACACGAAGAAGAGCAAACAUAUGAUAAAGUUGACUAUUAUUUAAAAUUUUAGGAUUCAGAGAGUAAGAAAACAUAUUUUAUCACCACACCCCUUAUCAAUAAUAAUUAUCAUUCUAAAAAUGAGCAAAAAAUGGAAACAUAAACCAAGUAGGCGUAUGCUUUGAGUUGAAGUGUAUAAAUUUGAAAUAAAAUUUAAAGUAUUGCCACAAAAAAAAA